AAGGAAAAAUGAAAGCUAUGCAAAAAGUGCUAACAAAAGGCGAAAGAAAGUUGUUUUUGAACCCGGGGAUUGGGUUUGGAUACAUAUGAGAAAGGAAAGAUUCCCAUCACAAAGGAAGUCCAAACUUCAACCAAGAGGAGAUGGACCCUUUCAAGUACUUUCUAGAAUCAAUGACAAUGCUUACAAAAUAGAACUUCCAGGUGAGUAUGGAGUAAGUACUACUUUUAAUGUUGCUGAUUUGUCUCCUUUUGAUGUAGGUCUAAAUUCGAGGUCGAAUUCUUUCCAAGAAGGAGGGAAUGAUGAGGACAUAGUCCAAGACAUAAGUGAUGCAAUACAAAGCCUAGGAGGUCCUAUGACAAGGGCACGUGCAAGAAGAGUCAAUGAUGCCUUAGUUCACUUCAUAAUCAAAUCAAUAGAAGGUUCAGCCCAAGUUGAAGAAGGUGUGGCCCAAGUGGAAGAAAAAGAACCAAAGUUCAUUAUUAUCAUCCAAGAAUGUGAUAGUGGCACAAUAAAAGCAUAAGAAGAGUGGAAUAUAAAGAGCUACACGAAAAUGGAGCACUAAGCAAUCAAAGAGCACCACUAUCUCUUCUUGUUUUUUUUUUUUUUACAUUUUCCUUGUAAUAAAUCAGCCCCACUAUCAUUAGUGGCUGAAAUCCUUUUGUUUUCUUAGGAGUUACUUUUGCUUAUUCCAUCAUCAUAAGCCAUUCCUAUAUAAGGGGGGUUGUAGCUCUUGCUAAAUCAAUGAAUUUUGUUAACACUUUGUGUAA